AUGCGCCUUCCUACCUUUGUCGCUCUCCUCACCCUUGCCCUGACUGGCUUCACCCAAGCCGCCGAGCUCGGCAUCGAAACCACCCACGCUGUCGAGUGCACCCGCAAGACGGCCAAGGGCGACACCGUCCACAUGCACUACCGUGGCACUCUGGCCUCCGACGGCUCAGAAUUCGACGCCAGCUACAACCGCGGGAAGCCCUUCACAUUCCCUCUCGGCGCCGGUCGGGUUAUCAAGGGUUGGGACCAGGGCCUGCUCGACAUGUGCGUAGGCGAGAAGCGCACCCUUACCAUCCCCCCGGAGUACGGAUACGGCGACCGUGGCGUUGGACCGAUCCCCGGCGGCUCGACGCUCAUCUUCGAGACAGAGUUGAUUGGAAUUGAGGGCGUUCCCAAGGAUGAGCUGUGA